AUGAAGGUCUACUUUGUGAUUCACCUGGUUUAUCUGAUAGUCCUACUAGGAAUUCUCUUCAAACAUGUACUCUAUCCAAUCAUUCUUCUGGAGUGGCAGAAGAGAAUUUCGACUGAACUCAAAGAGCUCUAUAAUACUAAAGUCUCUCAAGUACUGCCUCAUGAAGAGUAUGCAGUCGAAUCUCAAGAAGUACUUAAACAAUUGCGUGAAGUUGUAGUUUACAACCAUUUAUUGCCCGUUUCGGUAAUUAGGACUUGUUUGGCUGAGCCCAUCCAAGAGUCCGUAACUAUUCGCCAUCUGUACAAUAGGAUUAAGGAGGAGAUUUCGCGGCCGCAUAAGACAUUCUUGUUUUACUCCCCAGAGUGUAAUGUUGGGCUUUUUCUCUCCCUGUCGCUACCCUUAGUUUUCGUCACUCUUUCUAACUUGAAGUCCCUCUAUCAAUAA